AGGAGAAGCGGAAGCGAAUGGAUGGAUGGAUGGAGGAGGACAGAACACCGUCUCCUGUGUCUAUGGCCAGUGACUGGUCCAAAGGUCGUCCCCCAAACUUCAGUAAUGAACCGGGACCCUCAGACACAAAGGGAAACAAUAAUUUGGAGGAAGAGGAGGAUGGAACAUCGUCCCUCGUGCCCAGCUGUAUGUCUAUGGCCAGUGACUGGUCCAAAGGUCGUCCUCCAAACUUCAGUAAUGAACCGGGACUCUCAGACACAAAAAAGAACAAGUGUGUGCAGGAGCCCGUGUCCAGUUCUGAAUUUUGGACAGCCAGUAGGAGCAGCUGUGUGCAAAUAGAUGAUGGCCUUCAGGAAGUUUUCGAUGAACAUAAAGUCUGUUUGAAGAUGCGAUGUCAAUCUGUGACUGAGGGAACUGUUAAAACAGGAGGUGAAACUCUCCUCAACGCAAUCUACACUGAGCUCUACAUCACAGAGGGACAGAGUGAGGAGGUUAAUACCCAACAUGAAGUGAGUCAACUUGAGAGAGCUUCAAACAAGAAGACCCUCCAUGAUGCUCCAAUUAAGUGUUGUGACAUCUUUAAAGCCUUACCCGAACAACAAAUGCAAAUCAAAGUGGUUCUGACCUACGGUGUUGCUGGCGUUGGAAAAACCUUCUCAGUGCAGAAGUUCACUCUGGACUGGGCAGAAGGUUUGGAAAACCAAGACAUCAGUGUGGUGGUUCUGCUUUCAUUCAGGGAGCUGAACCUGAUCAGAGAUGGGCAGUAUAGUCUCCUGGAGCUGCUCCAGGUUUUCCAUCCAACAUUACAGAAGGUCACAGCAGAGAAGCUGGCUACUUUCUGA